AUGCGUAGUUCUUCCAGGGGAUUGAAGUACUUCUGCAUUCUAUACUCCCCCUUCCACUUUCUUGAGGUUCGAAUUCGUUCACGCCUAUUGUCCGGCGAACAUGACGAAGUCCACUCUCCAACUCCAACAAUCCCGCCUCAGCAGUUCCAAUACCUGUCCCACCUCUACCCAAAAUUCUGUUACACUAAGGCCGAAGGUCUAUCUUCCCCUCUCAACUGGUUGGUAUUAUACAUUAACCUUUAG